AUGACGCACCUCCGCACUAGUGACACUCGUACCGCGCUGCGCUUCCUGCUGAGUUCUGCGCCAAGAACCCCCCCCCCCAUGUACAUCACCCUCUACUAUAUAGUCACCCGUCUCCCUGACUCUCUCCGUGUAGUCAGGGACCACUUCCUAUCUGUUUGCCCCACCACUCUCACCGUUGACCUCCUCGAGAAGGCCCUCCUAGCGAUAGAGAAUGUAGGAGCCUCUCGUGGUGACCCUCGCACCCCUGUCUUUGAGGGGUGUUCUCCCUCCCCCCUCUUGCCCUCUGCUGCCUCUACUGCUGCGGCCGACCUCGUUGGUUUCGAGUCGGUCGGCGCUGCGUCUGCCCCGAGCGGGAGACGCCGCACCGGCAAGGGCAAGGGGGGCAAGGGCACUGGACGAGGUGGAAGGGGCGGUGGAGGUGGUGGUGGAGGCGGUAGAGGGAGUGGGGGUGGUGAUGGGAGUGGUGCUGGGGGUGGCGGCGGCGGCGGCAGCAGUGGAGGCGGCGGAGGCGGUGGAGGUGGCGGAGGGAGCGGAGGCGGCGGAGGUAGUGGAGGCGGCGGAGGUAGUGGAGGAGGCGGAGGUGGAGGAGGCGGCGGAGGCGGCGGAGGCGGCGGCGGCGGCGGCAAAGGCGGCGAUGUUGGAGCGAGUCGCGACUCUGCGUGGAGGAGUGGCGCCGGUGGUGGGAAGGGGAAGAAGAAGGCUGGGAGGGUGAAGUUCAGCGACGGGCCGAGCCUGGCGAAGAGGUUAGGCGACGGGGCCAAGGCAGGGCUAGCGACAGCUUUAGAGGUAGGAGCAGUGGCUGUAGGCUUGGUGGGCGCUGGGCGCGUGGCGGAGGGGGGAGGGGCAGGCGAAGGACCGGAGCGUGUGGGCAGAGAGGAAGCGGCGGGGGACAACUUGAGGGAGGCAGGCGGUGGUGCGCCCAGUGGCGCUGGUGCUGGCGCUGGCGGUGGGGCAAACAAGGAGGUGGGAAGGGUGAAUGGGGAGGGGGGUGGGGCAAGCACGGUGAGGGAUGGAGGAGCAACGGAUGGGCGGAGAGUGGCGAUGGUGCGCGGCGAGGAUGAGGGCGAGGGGCAUGCAGUGAUCAGCCUUCCGCACCCCCCGGCCUCCCUGGAGGACCGUGCUGGCGGGCUGAUUGGCCCGCCUGCCCCUGCUGAUCACGGCAGAGGGCAACACGGUGGGCGGAAGAAGGGCAAAGCGGCAGGGGCGCGCCGGCUGCAGGGGGGCGCGCCGGCUGCAGCGGGGCGCGCCAGCGGCAGCAGGGCGCGCUCGGCUGCAGCGGGGCGCGCCGGCAGCGUUCCUGUGCAGCGGGGCGCGCCGGCUGCAGCGGGGCGCGCUCGGCUGCAGGGGGGAACGCCGGCUGCAGGGGGGCACGCCGACUGCAGGGGGGCGGGCCGGCUGCAGGGGGGCGCGCCGGCUGCAGUCACCUUCCAUCUCUCUCCCCUCCCUCUUCACCUGGGCCUCCCCAUUGCACGCCUUGUUCCUCACCACCAUUAA